CAAGUGUGACAUCGUGUCUUAUCUAUGUGUGUACAUAUUGUACCAGACAUAAUACACCUGGAUUGGUACGGUGCAGCGAGACCAGAUACAUAGAUACUAGUAACCAAGUGAUAUGUAUGAACCGAGUUAUCUAAGGUAGAAUGGUAAUCGAGCUGGAUACUGCUAAGAUGUUUGUUACUUGGACGCCUUUCCGACAGUGGAUGACAUGGUCACUUUUCCUCGGAUCAAUGCAUAUGUCGGUCUGUGCUACAAGUCAUAGUGAUGUCCAUCCGAAGUUUUCUGGGUUUGACUGUAACGGCAAGGUCGGAAAAGGAACAGUACCCCAUCACGUAACUGGCGGGCAGUUUCCUGAGGGUGGCGUAUUAGUUUGCUGCUAUCCAACAAUUUGUGAUGGAGGAACCAUAGUAUUCUGUACAGAACACAACGGCACUGAUGUGUGUGUACCAUGUAAAGGCGAUGGAACAAGCGCAACUUGCAACUAUAGACAGGUGACCUCAAUGUUUUCCUUCGAAGAAGUCGAUCUUUGCAAGAAACCCUGCACACGUAAAAACGCUGUACCGGAUGUGUCCUUAUAUCCAACAUCUCAUACGAAAAAGGAAGGGGAUGAUCUAACUCUACUGCCGACAAUAUACAGUGACUCUGAGCUGCUAGGGUUUCUCUGGAAGUUCAUAAAUACAACUGCCUCCUAUGACAUCGCUAGUUCUUUAAGAGGAAUUUCGAAUCCAGGAAAAUACCUUGUUGGAACGAUGCCAAACCCCUAUUUGAACAUCAGUAAAAUUGAAUUGUCAGACCAAGGGACCUAUCAACUGUAUAUGUACAACCACAUUGGAUUGUCAAAUGUCGAGAAUGUCACAUUGUUUGUCACUACAAAACCUAUCGUUACCAUGGCAAAAGAGAGCGGCAACGUUGAUGGUGGACACCUAUACAAUCUGACAUGCAGAGUUGAGGGGAAUCCGACGCCCAUUACAUCAAGUUAUCUGUUUAAAGAUAUGCAAGGAAAAGUAACAAAGAUUAUUUCAAAUGUGUCAUCAGACGGUGUGAUCACACACACCAUAUAUAAUGCAAGUGCCAGUGAUAGCGGAUAUUACACAUGUAAAGCAGAAAAUAGCGAAGGCAUAGGAGAAAGCACCUUGCAUUUGACUGUUGACAUACCGCCAGAAAUGUACUCUCCGUUUGGCGGACGUUUAAGUAGAUAUGACGUCGGGGACAGCAUGUCUAUGUCUAUAUGGGUGACUUCAACACCAAUUGUGGAUAACCUCCUCUGUAGAAAUGAGGGUAACCAACCAACUAAGAUGGUGCGCAGUUCCGCUUACAACAUCACCAGCGUUGGGAGGACAUACAAUUUCUCAAUUCAUAAUAUUCGUCCGCAAGAUGGAGGAAUUUACAUAUGUACCGCUACUAAUAGGUUAGGGACUAGCAGCAUAUCCGUGGAGAUAGUCGUGAACUUCCAAAGUAAACUGCCAGUACCCCAAGAUACGGAAAUAAAAGAUUGUACAACCAUACGUCUUUCUACCGGUUUUUUUUAUGUUUCAUGGAAUGACUCUGAACUGAAAACAAUUUUAGCUGUUAUAUCCACUGGCUUUGCUAUUGUCUCUCUACUACUGGUUCAUCUUAACUGCUGUGGUAUGUUUCAGACUUUAAAAAAAAAUAAAAAAAUAAUUGGCAUUAUUUAA